AUGGAUUUUUCUGAUACUAAAAGAAAUGUUAAAAUGCUAAAUAACAACAGCAAAGACAACAAUGAAUUUGCUGAUAAUUAUUGCAAAAGAAAUUACAUAAAAGGUAGAAAAAAUGAAGAGGUUAAAAUAGGUUCAAAUCUGUCUACCAGCAACGACGUUUUACAAUUACCCAACGUAUUACAUAAUCAAAUAAGGAUAAUAAGAACAAACGAUAGUUGCUUUAAAGAUUAUGUGGUUUUGAACAAUUUAGGAAAGGGAACUUAUGCACAAGUAUGGAAAGUAAAACAUAAAAUAACUAACGAAAUAUUUGCAGCAAAAUUAUUACAGCCAAAUCAAUUUCCCAAAGAAUCUUUUAAUCGAAUUGUUGAAAUGUUUACAAAAGAAAUAAUUAAUUUAUCAAUAUGCCAAUGUCCAGGAGUAAUAAAAUUACAUAAAGUUAUAGGAGGAAAAGAAGGAUGGAUAUUAAUUCAAGAUUAUGCAAAUGAUGGGACAUUGUGGAAAGAAAAUUUAUCAAGUAAUAUGUCUGAAGCUUUUCUUUAUUUUAUUCAAUUAUUGCAAGGUAUGUGGUAUAUUCAAGAUAUGAAUAUUGUUCAUAGAGAUUUAAAGCCAACAAAUAUUUUAAGAUAUGAUAACAAAAGAAUUGUAAUAGCUGAUUUUGGAUGGUCAGAACAUAUAGAUUCUUGUAAUUUACAUCCAACUGAAUGGCCAGGAACUUUAGAAAUAAAUCCACCUGAGGUCUUAAGAAACACAGGACCAAUGACAGAAAAAAUUGAUAAUUAUGCUCUUGGUAUGAACAUGAUAUUAUUCAUUUCUGGAAGAUUUGUAUGUCGACAAAAAGGAAUUGAAUGCUCAAAAGUUGCACAAACUAUUUUAAAAACAGUGCAUAAUUUGAGACAUUCAAAACCCCCAAGUAGAUUUAGGGAAAAUUUAAAAGCAUGGGAUUUAUUUGUUAAAUUGACUUCAUCAAAUCCAAAUGAAAGAUUAAGUUUGCAAAAUGUGUUAGAUCAUCCAUGGGUAACGGAAAUGUUAAACAAUUUUAGUUUACAGAACUCGAAAUUUCUGUGGCAUGAAAAGGUUAAAAGUAGAUGGAUUUACUUGUUAUCGAAUAACUGGAAUUUUUUUAAAAACAUUUCUUCCAUUUCAACCAUUAAUUCGAUUAAUUCUGGUAAUUCAGUGAACUCGACUAACUCGGCCAUCUCAACUAAUUCAAUUUCUUCUAUCACAAACGGGAAAAUAAAUAAAAUCAAUGAACUAGUAAAGGAAGAUGCUUCUACAUCGAAAAGUAACAAGACAACUAUAGUCCUAGAUACAGAUAACCAAAAGGAUAAAAAUAGUACUAACAAAUAUUCGCAUUCUUGUUUGAAAAAUGAUUAUGAGAUUCUUUAUUAUAUGAUGAAAAAUAAUUUUAAAAAUAGAAUCAAUUGCUGUUCUGUAAAGAAAAAUGAUCCCAAUUUUUGUAGAAGCAACGACAGUAGAACAAAGCACAUUAGAGAUUCCAAAAAUUUUGGAAAAGCAGACAAAAGUACUACUAGCAGCAGUUAUAACAAUGAUAAACAUUUUGACCAUGGGAAUGGUCCUCCUACAAAUAACCCUCAAAAAAAAAACACGAAUGUGAAUAGGAACGCCAACGCUAUAUAUGGAUCCCCAUCCGUACAUGUUGAAAAUUGCAAGAAGGAUAAUGUCCUCAUAAUCAAUGAUGACUUUGAUAGCGUUAAGAAAGAAAAUUUUUCUAAAAAGAAAAAAGAAGAAUUUAGGAUAAAAAAUGCAAAUGAUGCAAUCAUCAUAAACGAUGAGGAGGAUGAAGAUGACAAUUGCAGUAGUAUGCGGGGGAAUGCUAACACCAUUGUAGAUAAAAAUUAUAUGCACAAGAAUAAAAAUGAAAAUAUGUGUGCUAUCUUGAGGGAAGACCCUGAAAAUAUAAAAAUUCACGAAAAGAGUAAAAUGAACAAUAUGAACAAACAGAAGAAAGGCGUGUACAAUAAAAUCUGUACGGGUAAUCAAGAACGAGACAUUGAGCAAGGAUUCACAGAAGAGGAAGAAGUAGAAGAAGUAGAAGAUGUAGAAGGUGAUGUAGAGCAAGAACAAGAGUGUGAGGAUGACCAUGAUUAUGAAGACGAUGAUGAUGAUGCUGACGAUGAAGAAGAAGACGAUGAAGAUGAAGAUGCUGAUAAUGAAGAAGACGAUAACAAAGACGAUGAUAAAGAAGAUGACAAAUAUGGUGACAAGAAAGAUGGAAGCUACGAAGAGGAAGAAGAGGAACAUAAUGAUAACAGUAAUCAUAACAAAGGAGAACGUAACAACAACGGUACAUUGGGUAGCAAGAAUAGCGACAUUACGUAUAUGAAAAACGGAAAAAAAUUUGAUAGCAGAAAAAAUAACCAUAUUAAUAAUUUUGGAGAAAAAUGUUAUAGCACAAGUGAAGCAUAUGAUGUUUUGAAUUGUAAAAAUAAAAAAAAAAAUACGGAUUUUCUUGACGACUCUGGAGAUGUAAACCACAACGGCAUAUAUAAAAGUGAAAAAAAGGGUAUGAACGAAAAUGAUGAUACUAUUUUUCUGAAAAGAAAUAGAAAUAUUGCCAUUAAUGUGUCAGAAGGAGAGAUGGAAAUGGUGAAUGAUGCGAAUGAGGAAAAUUGCACGAAUUGCAAAAUCACUUUGAACAGAAAGCCAUCGAAAUUUUUUUCCAUGGAAAAGGAUCAAAAAAUAGAAACCGAAAAGUUCAGAAGUCAUAUGAAGGAGAUUUGUACAGGCAAAUAUCAAGAUGUGCUUCAACGAACCUUUAGUACCUCAAAGAAUUUAAGUUUAUCGAAGGAUCAUGCGGGGACAAAUUUGAUCGAAGAAGUCAGCAAAAUAGCCAAUAUGGGAAAUGCACGAAAUGGGAAUAAGGGGGAUGAGGCCAAAAAGUUGGGUACAGAAAGAAAAACGAGUAGACUCGAAAAAAUAGACAAACUGGACAAACUUGAUAAACUUGGAAGACUAGGUACAAAUGGCCAAAUAUACAAGGAAGAAAGUCGUGGGGGACUUUCAGAAUAUAAACCGCGAACACGUGAAAAGGCAAUAGCAGACUUGGAAGAACCCCCUCCAGGGAAGAAGAAAUGGAAACAAAGAAAAGGUUUGUUGCAAGAUGAAGAGGAGGAGGAGCAGGACGGGAAAGACACAGACAGCGAUGAUGAAAUCGAAAAGGAUUACAACAGCAAUGACAAGAAUGAUAACAAUAGCGAUGACAAAAGUGAUGAAAAUAGUGAUGACAAAAGUGAUGAAAAUAGUGAUGACAAAAGUGAUGAAAAUAGUGAUGAAAAUAGCGAUGACAAAAAUGAUGACGAAAAGUAUAUCAAAAUAUAUGCUAACAAUUUCAACAUCAACAAAUCAGAGAAAAAUAGAAAAUCCACUAUGAAGAAGGAUUCCUAUUCAGAUGAAAUCAAUUCAUUAUUGGAAAAUUCAAAAGAGUUAAAAAAAAAAUUAAGAAAAAAUUUAACCAAUUUGUAUGAAAUGAGUUUAAACGAAGUAAGAGAAAAGAGCACUGAUUUCCUUGAGCAAAAGUGUUAUCAUAUGGAUCCCAAAAAUCAAUCAGGUAUAAGCCUUUGCAACAAUAGUCGUAACUACAAUCAAUUUAAAAUCAGAAACUCUGACCAGGAAAAUGAUUUAAACAUAAAUGUACCAAAUUUUGAUAUAAAUAUAAAACACCAAAUAGACAAAAAAAUGACCAGAAAAAAGGGAGAAAUAGGUUCCGUUGAUUUUUUAGUACAACAUAAAAGCAUCACCUCUUGUUCUUCAAAUGCUGAAAUGAUUAAAAUGAAUAUGAAAAAAUUGGAUAAAAGUAUGCAUGAUGAAAAUAUUAUAUCCAAAAAAAAUAAAAUAGACAAUUCUUCUUUUGAAGGGGGGGGAGGGAAAAAUGGUGAAAAGGUGAAAAAUGAGUUGCAUACUUCUGACUAUGAAGAUGAGUUAACAAAUGGGGUAGAAAACCCUAUUGCAGAUAUAACAGGUUUUUGUUAUUCACAAUGUUUAAGUAAAACCAAAGAACCAUUUGACUGUUCCACAAAUAUGAGAGAUUAUCUUAGCAAAGCAGCUACAUCUGCGACGUCAAUUACUUCUGCAAAUGCAAUGUCUAACGUGUGCGAUAAAAUGGAAAAUACGAAUGAUCUUUCAAGAAAUUUAAUAGAUAAGUAUUCCGGGUAUAUGGAAAACUCUCAAAUAAAGAACAUCACUAUUGAAAGAUUUAAUUCUUAUGCAGAAGCAGAAAAGACAAGAGAAAAAAGGAAUUAUUUGUUGCAAAGCAAAAGAAAUAAUGGAGAAGAGAAUAGGAACAAUAUCUUACUAACCAAAGGAAAUGAAAUAAAGGCAAAUAAUUGGGGAGGAAAAAUAACAGAAAAUGAACAUCCUAGAAAAUUCAUGAACAUACUUAUGAAUAAGGAUUAUGAAAAUGACAAAAAUAAACACUACAUUGACAAUAAAAAAAUUACACACAUGGAAACAAACACAAAAAUUCCGACUAUAAGUAACCUAUCAAAUUUCAAUCCCAAUAAUCGUGACAGUAGGAACGAAGCAAAUAACGUAUAUGAAAAUAGUUUUUCUAUUAUGAACAAAAAAAAAUUGCAGAAUGAAAACUAUCAGGACUAUAAUUUAGAAGUCCAUAUUGAUCAUUGCGGAGAAAAAAUAAAUGGAGCAGAUAAAAAUGAAAAAAGAAACAAAGAAAUUUCUAUUAAUACACUACAUUCAGUAGACAUUAAACGUAAUGAAAAGGUAAAACAUUUUAAUUACAUUUUGAAUAAAGACGAACAAAAAUUUUUUACAGAUAACAACACCCCUGGAGUAAUGUUGGAUGAAUUAAAUAGUAGUAACAACACAAAUUCAGAUAUGAAUGACAGUAUAAUAAAUAAUUUUAUGAAUAACACAAAAGGAAAUACCAAUAAUAAUGAUAAAAAAAUGGGAGAAGCAAAAUUGAAUCAUGUUCUUAUGAACCAUAUCAAUAUGACGGAAAAUUAUCAUACAUCAAGUAGCAAGACAGAACACAACUCUUGUACAGGUAAGAAAUGUUACGACAAAAGUGAAAAAUCCCAUGAGAGUAAUAACACAUUAAAGAUAAAUGAGAGAAAGAAUGAAAAUGAAUCAGCAAUCCUCAGUUUCUCCAGCAUUGCCAAUUAUGAAACCACGUAUGAGGAGAAUGAUUGUAAUAGUACCAGUAAAGGUGUGGAAAAAAUAGAAAAUGCAAGUUUUAUGAAAUUCAUAAAGUCUUUCGGCAGUACAGCCAACUGUGACAAUGGAACAGGCUCUACGGACAAUAAUGUUAGCAAACGCAUCAAUGGAAUUGGUUGCUACGAUCGCAGCCACAACCACAGCCACAACCACAACCACAACCAGAACAACCAGAACAACCAGAAUAACCAGAACAAACCAUGUGUAAAUACCAAGGAGAGGUAUGAGCAGAUGCUGUUGAUGGAUUUUACGGAAGAGGAGAAAUUAACGAAUGAUAAAAAAAUGUUAACAUCUAUGAACAAGGACAGAAUUUCAAUGAAUUUCCAUUUGCAAAAUAAUGCGGGUAAUCCAAGUACCCUUUCUCAUUGCAGCUUGGAUGAGCAAAAAGUGUUCAAUGAAAUGCACCAUUCCCAAGCAUCCAGCACACGAAACUAUUUUGAUGGGAUCAACAGUGUCAACAGAUGUGUAAAGGAAAACAAUCACAAAGUCAACAUUAGUAACAACAAAUCCUGUGCAUAUCUCCAUCCGAAUAAUCAUGUUAUAAAAACUACCAUAGGACUAGAUGAAACCAUUCGGGAAAAUGUGAACAAAACAUCCAGUUCAUCCACCUACGAUUAUAGUGACUUCGAUUUGCAUUAUUCAUCCAACAAAGAUAAUAGUGUAGAUUCAUUCAACACAGAAUAUAAAUUAGCUAUUUCUAGUGAAAGGAACGUUUUGCAAAUGCAGAAAAAGCAGGAAUAUCAGGAAAGGGAAGAAAAAAAAACAUGUUACAAUCAAACAGGUGUAAAAAUCCAUGUUCCUAAUUAA